AUGACCGAGGGCCUGAAGUUCAAGGAUUUGCUAUCACGGUUUACGAACACUCGAAACGAGACUGCAACCUCUUGGACAUUCUACAAUUUGAUAUUGCAUCCUCGCAUUGAAAACAAAUUGCUUGAAGAAAUCACGUCACAUGUCACCGACGAGAUUGAGAACGAUCCUGCUGCUCUGUAUGAAACUAUAAAGGGAAUGAAUUAUGCCCAUGCUGUGCUCUACGAAGUUUUGCGUUUGCAUUUAUCUAUCCCAAGUAAUAUCAAAUACGCCUUAAAGGAGGAUGUUCUUCCAGAUGGUACACACAUUCAAGCUGGCGAUUACAUAGGCUGGAGCCCUUAUGCUCAAGGAAGAUCCAUCAAAGUCUGGGGUCCCGAUGCUAAAGAGUUCAGACCGGAACGCUGGCUCACUCCCGAAGGCGAAGUGCGUCUUGAAUUUGAAGCGAAAUGGCCUGCUUUUCACGCUAGACCAAGAAUAUGUCUCGGUCGCGAAUAUUUCCAUCAUAAGCUAGCCAUGCCAUAUGGCAUGCAAGAUUUCGUGGAGCAGCGCUAA